CUCUGUCAUUCAACUCCCUCUCUAAUUCUCUUUGGUGGAUCCAGUGACUGCACUUCCAAGUACUUGGUCCAAAGAUCCAAAGAACCCCAUAAGAAACUGCUCCUCUUGGGUGAAUACAAACACAUUUUUUAUAAACUGUUUUUGUGUGUCUGUGUGUGACGAAUUGACUGCAAGAUGGUAGCUUCACAUAGCUGGCUGUUGGGGCUUAUCGUAGCUCUGCUUUCCACUGGAUCGUUAAGGAAUUCUGUGCAGGCUGAAGAAAGACCACAAAGUGAGGAUGCCGAGGUGCUGAGGGGUCUGAACCCUACUGGAGGUCAGAAAGAGGAGGUGGAUGAUGAUGAGGAGGAGGGUGGAAAUAUAUCUGAAGAAGUUGAUGAAGAUGCAGGAAGAGACGGGGAAACAGAGGAAGUUGAAGAUGAGGAAGAUGGAACGGAAGCUUCUGAGGAAGAGGUGACACCAGAAGAGGAGAUAACUGAGGAGGAAGAAGCAGCUGAUCCUGAAGUGGAUGAUGCUGAGGAGGAAGAGGAGGAAGAGGAGGAGGCAGAAGAAGGAUUGGAUGAAGAGGAAGCAGCAGAGGAAGAGGUAGAAGAAGCAGAAGAGGAGGAUGAGCAGAUGGAGGUAGAUGUAGAAGAAGAAUUAUCAGAAGAAGAGGAAUCAGCACAACAGACAACAGAGGAAGAAGAAACUGCAGCAGAGGAUGAGGGAGCACCAGGUGAGGAAGAGGAAGAUGAAGAUGCAGAUGGGGAAAAGGUAGCUUCUAAUGAAGAUAAUGAGGAGGCUGGAGAUGAAGAGACCAUAGUUGAAGAUAAUGUUGAAGAAACUGCCACGGAAGAAAAUGCAGAUGCAGAGUUGGUCUCCAUACAGUAUAGCUCAGGCUCUUUCUGUGCCCUUUGCUCAGUCUGUGAGCACUGCGGUACCUGUGACAAAUGUCCCUGUGAUGAAGGAGACAUGUCAACACACUGCAAUCACUGUGACGAUUGUUCCUACUGUUUCAUUUGUCCUGUGAUCUGUGAAACAGUCUGCCAGCCAGGUGGAAUUCUUGAUGUACUGAGUGGUUCUUUCUACCACACAGUGAGCACGCUGCUCUGAAAACUUUCCGCAUUCUUCACAUGGGGGUAGAAAACCUAUCUUAAAUAUAACUGAGGGACAGUCAGGACCCUCAUGUUCAUUAUUUAAUGACAUUUUAAAGGUGACUUUACAAGCUUCAAUAAACGAAUAACAAAUUACAUGCAAAUUAUCUUAUUUACUAUUUAUAUAAAAUAAGUACUAAAUAUUUCACAAUAUUACUGUUUUGACUGUAUUCUAAUCAAAUAAAUGUCUUGGUGAACAUAACAACUUUCUUUCAAAAACAUAAAAUCUUACUGACCCCAAACUUUUGUACAUGUAUGGAGUAAUUUACACUGAAUAAUAACAGUUAUAACAAAAGUUCAGGUCAACACGAAUGUGUCAAUACUGUCUGUACAGCUAAAAUCAUCAAAUGGCAUUCUGGUUUCAGAUUAAUCAGUGUCAAUUUAAAUAAACAUGUAAAAUUUAUGAGUGUGUGAAUAAACAGAUACAAUAUACUCAAUACGUUUUUACUCACCCUCAUUGUUCCAAACAUGCAUGAAUUUCUUCUUCUUGAACACAAAAAAAAUAUAUUUUGAAGAAUAUGCCUAACCAAACGGAGGUCAAAGGGAACCAGCGACUGUUUGGUUAGUCAUAUUCUACUACAGGUUUGGAACAACAUGAGGAUGAGUAAAUGAUGACAGAAUUGAUUUUUUGGGUAAACUAUAACUAUAAUUUAGGAAAUAGUUCAUGUUGGGAAAUUGAACAAAUGCAGGAAAAUGACAUAUCACAGUUUUCUGAAGAGAGGCAAAAAUACUGUAGUAGUUUUCAUUGCACUGCUGUUCUUCAAAAGGCACUGCUGUCUGGUAAUACGACUGGUGAUCUUCAAAUGGAGGAAAAGUAAUAAAGAAAUGACUUCAACAUUUGCAUAUUAAUUCAUCCACAUUUUUAUACACUUAUUUUUAGCUUCUAAUGCAAUUGUGUCUGCACUAUUCAUUCAGAUUAUUAAAACUAAAUGACUAACAGCUGCACUUUGUCAUGCUCUGCUCAUAACAACACAAACCUCCCUCUCAAGGUGUGAAAACUUGGUUAGAGAGUGGAAACUGAGUUCUUCCCUUCUCUAAAAGUCGUGUAAUGGAGAGUGCUCUGAAAUAAGCUGUUUGUUAUUAUGACUGAGCAUUUCAAGAAUUAACAAUGCAUAUCAUUUCAAUCUAAUCUAAUCUUGACAAACUAUAUAUC